UUUUUUUAUAUAACAACACUUACUACAUUUAUGUGACGUCAUUAUGGCCUGGUUGGGUUAGGUUUGCUUGGAAAUUUUUGUUAAAAUCUUAUAUUUUAGUGUAUUAUAUGUUGAACUACUUAUUUUAGUUUAGUUAUAUAAAAUACCUCAUAAAGUAGCAGUAAUACUAGUGCCAAUAAGUAUUUGUUUCGACGGUAUUUUCUGGCGAAAAUGAAUCGCCAUGACGGAGUCAGCUGUGAUUCUUGUUUGAAAAACAACUUUAGGGGACGACGAUACAAAUGUUUAAUAUGCAUCGACUACGACUUGUGCGCUGCAUGCUAUGAAUCUGGUGCCACUACCAAUCAACAUACAACAGAACAUCCUAUGCAGUGUAUUCUUUCCAGAAGUGACUUUGAUUUGUACUAUGGUGGGGAAGCCCUGGCCCUUGAGCAACCACAAGCAUAUACUUGCCCAUAUUGUAACCGAAUGGGAUUCACAGACACAGCCCUUAUGGAACAUGUCACUGCAGAGCAUGCUGACACCACACUAGCAGUUGUCUGUCCUGUUUGCGCAUCAAUGCCUGGUGGGGAACCAAAUUUUGUAACUGAUGAUUUCGCUGGACAUCUCACUCUCGAGCACCGAACUGGUCCCAGAGAUCUCAUCUCUUUUCUGGACGAGCCAAGUGGCAUCCGACAUGGCGGUGUGCGUCGUAUGCCGCACUCAGGUCGCGGAGUCAGUCGCGCUCGCCGUACCAAUAUGCACUUCAGAUUGUUUCGAUCGCUUAUCGACAGUACGUCGGGCGGGAUAUCGUCGCUGUCGCCGUCGUCGCGCGAUGCGGUGGUGGACCCGAUCGCUGAGCUGUUGUCGCAGCUGUCGGGCGUGCGGCGCGGGCCCGGCCAGCCCGGCACGCCCAGCCAGCUGCAGCAACUGCAGAUACAGCUCCAGCUCGAACGACAACAGGCCACCGCGGCCCGACAGCAACUGGAGCGACUACCCAGGCGCGCGGCGGCGGCGGCGUCGAGCGGCGCGGCGGGCGCGGGCGGCGGCGGCGCGCCGGGCGGCGGCUCCUCCGCGCCCGCGCCCGCGCCGCAGCCGCAGCCCGCCGCGCACCAGUCGCCGCCGCAAGCCGACGCCGCUGACACGCAGUUCCUGCUGCCGUUCCUGCCCGCUGCUGGAUUUCAGGGAGUAACAAACGGCAGCGCCAGCGCGGAAGCAGAGUCGCGCGCGGCGCUCCUGCGCGGGCUCAUGCUGGCGUCGCUGGGCCGGCCGCCGCCCGCGCAGCCGCCGCCCGCGCCCCGCGCCGCGCCGCCCGCGCCCGCGCCCGCGCCGCCCGCCGCCACCCCCGCGACACCCAACACCCCCGCGCCCCCCGCCGCGCCCGCCGCGCCCGCUUCCGUGCCGCGCGCCAAGCCGCAGCCUCGCACCAAGGAGGCGGCGGCGCGCGCGCACGCGGCGGCGCGGCAGCUGCCCGAGGGCAGGUAGGAGCGCGCGCCCCCCGCACCCGCCGCGUGACAAUCUCCAGUGACCGAGCGAGCCCGCUCCGUCGUGUAUAGACGUCGGUAGAUGAAACUAUUUAUGUUUACUCGUUAGAUAUUACGGUAGUUUAUGUAAUAUUAUUUAUCCGAGGAAGCCGCGAUUCCAGUUCCGGGGAAUCCGGCCGUAAUUGCACUUUGAGGGGUAAGGAUUGUGGCCGUCGAUGUUGUUAGUGAUUAUCCGGUGUACAUAUGGAGACGCAGACGCGCCGCAGCCGUCAUCGGUCUGACUGGUGACCGCGUAAAAAUUAACUGGACAUUUCCUCGUUGUUUUUCACUAACACUUAUUAGUGAAUGCUUAUGUUUGUUUUGUUGGCUUUCGAAAUAUCAGUGUGAUUUCCUUUAUUGUAGUAAAUAAUAGUUAUGGAAUGUUUCUGUCAAUUUAUUCACAAAAAAAAAAAAAAAAAAUUAUCAUCGAAUAAGCAAUUUAGUAUAAUUUCAAUUAAUACUUUCAAAAAGUGAGAGGAGUUAAUUUAAGAAAACCCAAUGUUUUUAUAUCGACUGUAGCUUUCAAUUCUUAACAUUUCAACAUUCAUAAUAAAGCACAAAAGCAGUAUUAGUUUACUUAUUAUCAUGAAGUUAUCUAAUGGUAAUAUAGGUGUGCUCAUUAGACUGUAAAUAAAGCAUCAAGACUCCUCUCUUUUACUAUUCUUAUAAUAUGGACAAGUAAAAUGCUACUUAACCACAAAAUUUUCACUAGCUACUCAAAAGUGCUUAUUAGUUUGAUUAUUAUACUCCAACAUUACAAAAUGUUUGUAUGUACCGUAAUUAAAUUCUAUAAUAUUAUA